AUGAGUAUCAUCUGUGGUGUGAAGCUGCUAAGCAGGAACUGUGUUUUCUCUCAUUUGGCUGCUCUGACCAAACAGGGGAAGUGCAAUAAUCUGCCUCGGUGCUACACUGGGUGUUGCAGAUCUCGAGUCAGCAGAGAUAAAUGCCAAAGGUUGGAUUUGAGUGGAAAUACUACAAACUGUCUUUUGCCUGGAAGCCUUGACUCCUAUAGAAACUUCAUCAGUAAAAGACUGAGGUGUCUUUUCAAUGUGCCAAAUACAGAAGGAUACAAGAAUGUGCAAUAUAAUUUCGGAAGGUUUUGCUUCCAGACUUCUCAGCCACUGGGAGAGAAGAUCACAUCCCUCCAGAGCAGUUCUGCAGGACAACUCCCACAUCACUUUUCUGCUUGCAACAUUCAGAUCAUCAGGUCUUUUCAUACAUCACCAUCAUUUCAGGCUGCACCAGUUCCUCUCUUCUGGGUUAUCGUGAAGCCAGCUCAGAAAUUAUUUGCCAUCAUUCUUGGCAGGAGCAUAAGGAAUUGGUGGAAGGCACUUCCUCCUAAUAAAAGAGAACAUCUGAAAGAAAGUGCAAGGAGAAAUAAAUGGAAGAUCCUCCUGGGUGUCAGCUGCUUAGGAGUUUUGUUUGCUGUGUUUUAUUGCACUCACCUGGAGGAGACACCCAUCACAGGGCGAGCUCGGCUCCUCGUCUUUGGGAAAGAGCACCUCAGGGAGCUCUCACAGAUGGAAUAUGAUAUGUGGAUGGAGCAGUUCCAAAGCAAGAUGUUGCCUGAGACAGACCCACGGUACCAGGUUGUGGAGAGAGUUGUUGGGCACUUGUCUGAGAGCAAUAAGGAUGUCCCACAGCUCUCUGCACUCCAGUGGGUUAUCCACAUGGUAGAUGAACCAGAUGUAAAUGCCUUUGUACUUCCACAUGGUCAGGUGUUUGUUUACACUGGAUUGCUGGAUGCAGUUUGUGAUAUUAAUCAGCUGUCAUUCAUUCUGGGACAUGAAAUAGCUCAUGCUGUGCUGGAACAUGCAGCAGAGAAAGCCAGCCUGGUGCACUUUGUGGAUUUUCUUUCUCUCAUCUUUCUCACCAUGAUUUGGGCCAUCUGUCCUCGAGAUAGUUUGGCAGUUGUUGGCCAGUGGAUUCAGAGCAAGUUGCAGGAGUUCAUGUUUGACAGACCAUACAGCAGGACACUGGAGGCUGAGGCUGAUAAAGUGGGACUUCAGUUUGCAGCAAAGGCCUGUGUGGAUGUAAGAGCAAGCAGUGUGUUUUGGCAGCAGAUGGAACUGGCAGAAACCAUUCAUGGACAGCCCAAGGUGCCAGAGUGGCUCUCCACACACCCUUCCCACAAGAACAGAGCUGAGCACUUGGACCGCCUGAUCCCAGAGGCUCUUAAAAUAAGAGAGAGCUGCAAUUGCCCAUCCCUUUCUGGACCAGAUCCUCGCCUUAUUUUCAGACUUAACAUGCAACAUCUUCUGGAAUCAUCCAAAGGUCAAGAAACCCCAAAUUCUACAAAGCAAGAACUCUCAAAACCCCAGCUGGACUUUGCUCACAGUAAAAAAGUGGAAGAUAUGCCAGUAACUUUUGCAGUUAAACCCACAAACUAA